AUCUCAAGAGAUGGCGCUAGCAUGGACAUUUUCCCGGAUAUUGUUAGCUGUGGGUUAAACGUGCCAGUGGCGGAUGUUAUUGAUUUGUUUUGGAUGGCGCGAAGUGAUGCAAAACAAUAAUGCUUAUCGCGAAUUAUCGUCACGGAACAUAAAUGAUAACCUAAGUAAUUAUGUCAAAAAGAGGACUAGCUAGCGGUAGGACAGAAUAUUUAGAAGUUGGCGAAUUUAACUAUUCAUGGCCUGGAGAAAAUGGAACACUUCAUGAUUUUGGUUCGGUGAAUUACACAAUGCCAUCAGGACCAUGGUACUGGCCGUGGUGUCCGCUAUGGAGAGUUCCACAGCACCCGCUUUUUCAGCUUUCCAAUAUGCUAUUCGUUGCAUCGUACUGCGCUCCGAGUACAAAGAAAGGGCAGCUUUGGAUGCACACAAUCUUGAUUUUCGCCUUCAUGCUCUACUCUAUCUGGGCCUGGCACGUUAUCUGCUCCCCUGACGCGUUCUCCUGGAACUUUGGCUUCGUGUUCCUGAAUCUGGCGCAGGUUGUGUAUCUCGUGUAUGAGAUGCGGCCGGUCAAGUUUGAUCCAGAGCUGGAAGAAGUUUAUCAUACGCUGUUUGAGCCUUUUAAGGUAUCUCGACUACAAUUCAAGCGAAUGGUGUCACCCGACUUUGCCCAUGUAAUGUCUCUCCAUGCGGGGGAGGCCUACGCCAUGCAGAACCUUACGAAGACUGACAGACUUGGCUUGUUGUUAGCUGGCAAGGUGAACGUGAUGAGCGGACAUCAGUUCCUCCAUCCGAUCCUUCCCUGUGAAUUUUUGGAUUCGCCCGAGUUUGAAUCCAGUCGGGCGACUAUUGAUGAAAAAUUUAAGGUAUCCAUCGUAGCCGCAUCCUCUUGCCGCUACGUGUACUGGCAACGCAGCUCCUUAGAAUACCUCUUCGUAAAAGAGCCAUACUUGGCUUCCGUCAUAACAACCCUUAUAGCUCGGGAUAUAACAACUAAGUUAUACGCGAUGAAUAAUAAAAUCGUGACAGAUAGGGGCUCGCAUCUGGAUAUAAGGUUGCCGAGUAUAUCCCAUGCUUUGGCUAGAAGUCCUAGAAGGUUUAAAGCGGUAAAUCGGCCGCCUCCGCCGACCACAGUUCAACCAGUGCCACCGGAGAAACGACCACCCUGCUGGAUCCGCAACGACCGCGCCGACACCCGGCGCGACGGCUCCGAGUACUCCGGCGACGAAGAACUAAUGCCCCUAGCAGAGCACGAAGCCCCCGCGGCCUCAUCUGACGACCUGUCAGUCGCUGAAAGCUGUCCAGACACUUCUUCGAAGUACCAUAGUUGUGAGGCUGUGGAAACUGAUGACGAAUUGAGACACUAGUCUUCCUUUUCUGUAGUCAUUAAUUUAUCUGCUACUCUUACUGUCUCUAGCGGAACUCGAAGCCCCGCGGCAUCAUCAGAUGACCUCUCUGUUGAAGAAUUCUGUCUAGACACUUCCUCGAAGUAGGUACCAUAGUUGUGAAGCUGUGAAAACUGAUAAUGAAUUGAGACACUAAGUCUUCCUUGUCUGGUUUUAUUUUCUUGUAAAUCCUUCUUUAGUCAUUAGUUUCUCUGCUAUUGUUAUACUGAUGUUUCUAGACAGUCAAGACUUUUCAGUCAACUAUAACAGUUAGACACUAGACUUCCUUUGGGUGUGCUUCCACUUGUUAACUCUACCUAUUCCUUUCUUUAGUCAUUUAUAGGUAAAUUAUUUCCCUGUUACUGUUACUGAUGAUUGAGACACUAGUCUUCCUUUCAUUUACCUACUUUUUUGAAUGUUGAGCUUGCCUUUUUUGUACUUUAUUUGGUCUUAUUGAGAGUCACCAUUAUAUUUAAUAUCUAGUAAUUUAUAUCACAGCCUGUAUCCAGGUAACGACACAGUUUGCUUCCAACUUCAUUGAUUACUUCCAGAUAAAUGUUACAAACAUAAGCUUACAAUAAACAAUAACAACAUCUUGCAAGUUUUCAAAUUCUUAUUUGUUUCAAUUAAAAUAGUUUCGGACUAUGCAUUGCCGGAAGCGCGGAGUUACGAUGGCGCUACGCCAAAACUUAACGCAGUAAAUUCCUGGGUCUGAAUCCCCAGUUAACAAGCGUGGCCGAGCGUUCAUUGAGUAGAACCAUUUUAGCGUGAUCCCCAAUGACUGUACUUGGAAACAGUUGCUCGAAUGAUAUUUGACUAAUAUCACUAGUGUGUUGUGAUAAGCUUUCGAUACGACAGGUUCGUGUUGGACUAAUGAUAUUCGUUUAGACAUGAGCUUUGGUAGGAACUUGACUCAAUUAACGAGACUGCGCUAAAAAAAGGUAGGUACUUCAGUCUUUUAAGUCUUAGGUGAAUUGAUUUUUUUUGGACAUUUGAAUAAGAGUAAUGAAUAAAAUCAUUGCUACUGAAACUGCCUUGCCUUCUUCGAUUAUGAAAAAACAAUAUGCCUUGGUUUUGUUGCAUUAAUCUCUAGUCUUCUUUAGACAGUACUCGAGUUUCUCCAUAAGUAUAACAAUCAUUUAAGAAAUAAUGACUGGGGUCUGAAAAACCGAGUUGAGACCUAAUGUCUUGAUUAAAUAAGCUAGUAUUCGCUUGAAAUAACAUCUAUUCUGUAUUGUCAUCUAAUACCGAAUCUAAGCGUACCUAAUUUUAACUCGCUUGGACAUAAAUUAAUUAGAAUUCUUGCAAAAGGUAAAGUUAGGACAAGGAUUUUGAACUUCCU